UGGCAUCGCGUGCACCAGCAGUUAUCGAUAAACCAAAACCCCAAAAAUUUGAAUAACCCUCUCUGCCUUCUCCUUCUUCUUCCUCUCCCCCACUUCAUAAGUCCACCCUCACCCUCUUACGCGCGCAAGAUCUCAAGCGCCGAACAUUCUAGAACCCUUUCAGAUCGAACACCGUCUUCCAUCUUCAUUCUCUUCUGUUCUUCUGGUAACUGAUUCGAACGGAGCGCUGAGAGUGAUGGGGGAUGAGAAAGCUGAGAAGAAAGAAAGUAGUGCGGUGAAGGAGAAUAUCGAGAACAAUGGGGAGAAGACGAAGGAAGAGAAGAAGACAAAGAAGAAGGGGUUUAUUUCGCGAAUAUGGAACGCGAUAUUCAGGUCCAACAACGACGAUUUCGAGAAGAGGCUUCAGUAUAUCACCAAAGAAGAAAACGCCGUCGUUGUGAGAUUGAGCAACAGAUCUCGCUCUUGGAGGCGAACCUCUCGCCAGCUUAUUUUAUUUUCCGUUCUGUUCGAGGUCAUUGCUGUAGGUUAUGCUAUUAUGACGACAAGAUCAAUGGAUAUGAAUUGGAAAAUGCGGGCAAUUCGAGUGUUGCCAAUGUUUCUUUUGCCUGCCUUAUCAACUGCUACAUAUUCAACAUUUGUCAGCUUCACAAGGAUGUGUGAUCGCAAGGACCAGAAAAUUCUUGAAAGGCUUAGAGCUGAAAGGAAAGCGAAAAUUGAUGAGCUCAAAGAGAAGACAAACUAUUACAUUACUCAGCAACUCAUUCAGAGAUAUGACACGGAUCCAACAGCAAAAGCAGCAGCUGCAACUGUUUUAGCAUCUAAGUUGGGUUCAGAUUCUGGUUUGAACGUGUAUGUGGAAGAUGAAUCUUCUGCUGCUCCUACUGGGAAGACCAAGGAUGUUGAAGUUGUGCAGUCAAGUGGUCUUCGAAAUCGCAAGCAAGUGAACUCUAGAUCCAUUAGUCCGGGGACAAAGACAACAAAUUAUUCUGAUGAACAAUUAGUUGGUUCUGGGAAAAUUAAUCAAACUCAAACUCCUGAGCAUAAUGAGCUUGUAGUUGUUGAACAUCAUCCUCAAAGUUCAGCAAUGAAUGAUGGAGGAUGGAUUGCUCGAAUUGCAGCAUUGCUUGUGGGUGAGGAUCCAACCCAGUCUUAUGCACUCAUAUGUGGUAAUUGCCAUAUGCAUAAUGGCCUUUCUCGGAAGGAGGAUUUCCCAUUCAUUACUUAUUACUGCCCACACUGUCACGCCUUGAACAAACCAAAGCAUUCGGAUGAGCAUAUAUCUCUACCAAACACCGAUUCUCCAAAAGCAGAUGAUGGCAAAGAACUCCAAAAAGCUGGUGCUUCUGACAGCUUAAUCGCAAGCGAUAAUCCUGUAAAAGCGACCCCUGAGAUUGAGGAAGUGGCUGACCGGGCUAUUUCAGGUGAUGAAAGCUAGUUAAAUGAGAAGCCUCUUUUUGGGAAUGGACUAUUUGAAUGACAUGUCUUGCCCUUUGUUUCGUGUCAAGGUCCAACUAUUAAGGUAAACAACUUUGCAGUCUGUUUCCUUGUUGAUGUUGUAACAGGAAGAGUUUUUUUGAUAUGUUACUUUGAAACAUGCAAUUUAUAAAUUAUAAUACAUAAAGUACAUGGCUUUUUGUCAAUUAAGGAAAUUUUAGAAUUUUGA